UUCGGACUCACUUCGAGUUGAGCCGAGUGCGUGUGCGGAGCAUUGGUGCAGUGCCGCGCGGACGUCCACUGAAAGCAAAUAAUUAAAGUGGAUAAAAAUUCAAUAAAAACAUAGUUACAACGCUGCACAAGCUUGCAAAAAUCAAAGUAAAGGUGGAAAUAAGUACGUUGAACACAUUUUUUUUUACGUAAAACCAAAGAGCUUACUGGUGCAGUGCCGAUUUUUCACCUUUUCCUCGAGCAAAGUUUGUGUACACUACUGGGCGAAAGUGGGGUAGCAGUAGUGCUGAAAUAAUAAGUGAAAAGUGCGUGUCUAAAGCUAUUGAAGACAGUGAGAAUUGUGUGGAAUAAUGCAAUUUUUCGUUUGCUGAUUUUAAUGAACGAAUGCAAAUGAAAAUUUGGGAUCGCCGAUAACCGCAUGAGAUGAUAAGUAUCCUGUGUUCUACAUUUAAAUUAUCCUGAGUGUGUGCCAUUUUUUGCUGCGCUCCCAAUACGAAUGUACAACUCUCGCCUCCCACAGCACUUGACGCUCUGCUGAAACGGACUCUCACGCUGCUGCGGCUGCACUUGGCAAAAGAGAUAUUUUAUUAUACUGAAAUUAAAUCCUGCAAACACGAACGGGAAGUAGGUUGUCCCGUUCGCACAGCGCUGCAAUACAAGUGAAAUAACUGUGUAGAAAGUGCUGCAGAAUUGUAAUUAAAACGUUUUUUUUCUAACUUUAAUCUAAUAGUAAAUUACAUACUUCAAUGCACCGUUAGCAAAGAGCAAAAAGCAUUUGCUUAUCUAACAAGUAACUUUAAUAGUUGUACGCAAGUUUGCCAACGCAGAAAUCGCCGAGUCGCUCGCUAAACGGGACAUUGCACCGCGUCUCAUCGCAACGCAACGCAUCGCAGCACUUCGCGUGGCAGCGAACGCGCCGGAUUCGUGUUUGUGUGUGUGUGCGCACUUGUAUGCAGCAGCAGGCACUUUCGCAGUUCGCAAUCGGGGUAAAAGGACCAAAUAUGAAUGCGAAAUGCUCUCGCAAGCCAUCUCGUGGUCACACAAAACCGUUGUACGAGGCAUAAGAAAAAGUCUCGCACUGCCACUCGGACGCAUUCCUUCGCUUCACACAUAGCAAAAUUCACAUCAAAAUUCAACAUUCCCCUCUCCCUGCUUAGUACAUCUAAACUAGUACAACAACAAGAAAAUCAAUUUAGUCAAGCGUUGGGAAAAUUUUUUCCAACGCCACAAAUUAAAUAGCAAAUUACGGAAAUUCAUCGAGGAAUUUCGCCUGCGAAAAGUGUGUGCAUAGUAAAUGUGGAACGCGCGCGUGUGUGUGUACAUAUGUGUGAUUGUGUACUAAGGCUCCCUGAAGGGUCAUUAUUCAAGUGAAAAAGCAUUACGUACAGGUUCUGCUCUGCAAAAUCCAUUGCGAGGCGAGCAAAGAAAAAGAAGCGAAAAGUGUGUACAAUAAAUUAUAGCACGAAAAAAGAAAAGUGAAGUGAUAGUAAGCAUUGCAAUUAUAUUGACCACCGAAUUACAACGAGAUUUUUUUCUACAACCGAAAAUACUAUUCCACCAUCACCGACAUCAACGCAGUCACCAACAACAGCAACAUCGCUAAACGCCGACGUCCAGGUCAUCGUCAUAGCUAGCGACAUCGUCCAACGGUAGUACUAGUCGUAGUAGUCAAAAGCACAACAAAAACAACAACGCAUCGGCUGAAAGUACACGCAUCAGUCGGCCAGUGUGCGCCCACCCACAAUUGCAGUCGGCGACGACACCACGUUACAUACUUAUACGCGAAGUAAUUUGCCACCGAACGGUUUCGUAGUGACAGCAGCGGCUUUCUGCGCUGCUUUGUAUGCCUUUCGGUGUCGCGCGUUGAAUUGGAUUAUUAUCCAACGCGCUGUUUUUUUCGAUUAAGCAUAGGCAUCAUCAUCACCUGCGGCAUCGUGCCUAGGCAACGGCGCUCAUACUCACAUGUCAGCCCGGCCACGGAUGCUCUAACGUAAUAACGUCUCAUAACGUCAUCACUUACACACACACACGUACGUAUAUACGCCAUACGCUGGCGUAACCACAUACAUACAUGUACAUAUGUAUGCGUGUGUGCAUGUGUGUUUGUAAAUAAUCGUCGUCGUCAUUGUGUCAUCGUGCCAUCGCAAUUGUUGUUGUUGUCAUCGUACCCUUUACACUCGCAAUCGUGGCCCAUUCACUGCCGGAAAUGCGUUGCAGCAUCAACGGAAAUUAAACAAAUCAUAGCCGAAGUCGAAGUGGAAGUGGAAAUCCAAGCUGAAAUCAUCGCUGGAUCCAAGCAGCGGGCGCACAAUUACCGCGCUGCAUAUUUGUAGCGUUCCUCAGCCAGUCAGUCAGUCGGCGCAUCGCACAUGAGUUCAUGAGUUUUUAGUAACGCAGCGGAAGUUUUUUGCGCCGUUCAUUGUAAUCGUUUUUUUGUUUCAUACGAUGAGCAAAUCGCUCAGCAAGGAAUGCCGCUGUUGCAUCGAGAGAACAGAUCCUGCACAAUUUUAGACAUAAUAAAUGUGAAAACCCAGACCUCGUGAGCAAUAAUAAAACAUCAACGAAGCAUACGUAUAGUUAUUUAAACGUCGCACCAAAAUACCGUUAUAAAUUUACAAAGCAUCCGACAUGAAACUACAUAAAAGCAGUUAUUUCAUGCGAAUGAAAUGAAUCAUUCAAGCGCGAGAAUCCACAGCAGCACUUGGUCCCGUUCACAUGGUGGUCGUUUAUGCAUCGCAAUUUCCAGCCGCUACGAAAUUGUCACGUGUUUUAUUGUGACCAAUGGUGGAUGCCACAAUUGAGGCGUUAUCUCGCACAUCGUAAUGCAACAUUGGAGUGGAAUUGCCAAAACGUGCAAUAGAUACGUUGUGUCGCCACGCCCCCACUACCACUAGAUGCAGUGGAAGAAGAAGUUUACUCGAUUGAAAGCAGCUACAGGAAAUUCGCGUGCGCGAAGAAUGCUUUGUUGUGGACGAAGAAAGGAAAAUGGAAGAUCAGUUCCUGAUGUUACCGCCAGCCCUGGUCGUGCGCCUCCUGGUCCCUUGCCGGCGAACCAAAUGCAAUCGUUUGCCAAUCAGCAGCAGCAACAACAAUCGCAGCAUCAUCAGCAACAACAACAACAUCAGCAGCAGCAACAACAACGACCUGGUGGUAAGGAACCGGUCUUGCUGCAAGGUGACUUUCGCAAGGUGUCGGGUAUCAGUUCGGAGAUCUUUCGGCAGAUAGAAGCAGUCGAAAAUGAUCAUGAUCCGAAUACGGCAGCCGCGCUGGAGGCGGUGGAGAGAAGAGGUGAAAUGAUCGUGCGCAUUCUGGAGCCGCGUUGCAUCGGUGGAAAACAAGCCGUGGAGGCAGCUCACAAAUUAAUGUCCAAAGGAGAUGCCCGACAUACAGUACAGCUUGUUGAGAUCGUGAAGCGUCCGGGCCAGACAUUGGGUUUAUACAUACGUGAGGGUAAUGGAGCUGACCGCACCGAUGGAGUUUUCAUCUCUCGAAUAGCAUUGGAAUCUGCAGUUUACAACAGCGGUUGUUUGAGGGUGGGUGAUGAAAUUUUGGCCGUUAAUUUGGUUGACGUAACUCACAUGUCCUUGGAUGAUGUCGUAAUUAUUAUGUCAAUUCCCCGGCGUCUGGUCUUGGCAAUACGCCAGAGACGUGACAGUCGCACCACCGGCUCGCCAGGACCACCAACGUUAUCACGGCCCGAACAAAAGCCACCGCCAGUUGUCGUAAUCAAACGUGAUCUCAGAGAUGAAGACUUAGAUGAGACAGAUCGCAUGCCAAGAUCCCGAUCAUCACGCGAAAGACGUACAGGAGAUGGACGUGAAAUGACCGAGUCUCGCUCACGCCUCGGCUUGGGUCUCAACAACUAUAGCCCGCAAUCCGAGCAAUUGGACAUGUAUUAUAAUACACGCACCGGUGUGAGUGCGAUGAAUGAGCCACCCAGUUGGGGUUACAAACCACCGCCACCACCUUCGGUGAUAACGGAGCAGCCUAAAGGUCAUGCUUUUGCUCCUUCGCAUGCGUACUAUCAAAAUGCUGGCACACUAGAGAGUUUAGCUGAGAAAGUGCACGCAUUCUAUCCCAGUGGACCCUCACGUCGUAUGUCUACCGGUACUGGUGUUGGUUUAGCGCAACAGCAUGCACGCUUUCCGCGAUCUGGAUCAGAUCAACAUUUGCCACGUGUGGAAUAUGCAGAUUAUUCAAAUUCUUUGGGUCGUCAUUCUUUAUUACGGUCCAGCUUGAAACCGGGUACAGGAGCUGCACCCAUAGCGGUAGGUGGCACUCUGGGCCGUUAUGGCCGUUACGAACCACCGCGUCAAUCCUCCAAGUAUGCACCGCCGAAUAUAGGAGCUCAGUCGCUUACACGGCGCUCGCGGCCAAAUCUUGAUUAUUCCAGCGACACAGAGGCAACUAUAGGACCACGACCAAGCUAUUAUUACUACAACCGACCUGCUGUGGGUAGCAUGCCACGCGGCGCCGGUGGAGCAGGUGUCGGUGGAGCUGGCAUGCUUGGGGGUGGGCCAGAUAUGGCUAAAUUUAAUUCACUGCCACGCGAACGUCCGGGUGUGCGUCUACAAGGUAUACGCUCACGUAUCGGCGAUCGUAUAAUGGAUGAAAGUGACGGUAACAUAUCAGCACCGGAAUUCAAUGCACGUCGAGAUCGCGAUCUGAGAUCGCGUAUAACGGCGAGUCCUUCUAUUUUCACUUCGGACGAGUACCGAGCGUGGUUGCGGCGCGCACCCAGCAGUUCAGCUAUAGCGGAGCAAAUGCGCAUGACGAGGGAUCUGCUUAGUCAGCCACGAUCGCAUCGGUUUUCGUGCAGCGCUGAAAAUAUACACGAUGCGUUGAAAAAUACCGAAAGCAUUUACUCCAGUCGAACGGGCAUACUCGGUACUGGUACACUAGAUCGUCACUUAGGCAUGCCGCGUCCAAUUUCAGCAUUACCAGUCCGCUCGAUGUCAUCACAACAUAUUGGAGGACCAUCAUCGAUACGCUCGCCAAGCAUACGGCGUAUGCGGCAACUACUCGAGCUGUCCGCUGGUCCGGCUAGUCCAAGUGGCAGUAUUAUGAGUACCGGCGGUCAUCAAAGUCCGGCGCCGACGCCCAGCGCCACAUUACCCAGAACGCACAGACAAAUUGAUAUUAAUCCAGCGGAGUUUGCCAAGUACAAACUCGACAAACCGAUAGUCGAUAUUGGCGGUAUAUCGGGCAUGUUGUGGAUUCAUUUGCUUGCGGGCCGUGGCUUACGUUCGGCACCCGAACUAGGCGCACAGCACGUUGGUGGGCCACAUCAUGCUGCCCAAACACAGACACGUGAUCUAUAUUGUGUAAUUGAAUGUGAUCGUGUGCAUAAGGCACGCACAGUAGUGCGAUCCGGUGAUCUACAAUUCGACUGGGACGAGUCUUUCGAGUUGGACUUGGUGGGCAAUAAGCAGCUGGAUGUAUUAGUUUACUCUUGGGAUCCGCAACAUCGGCACAAGCUGUGCUAUCGUGGUGCCAUUUCCUUGUCCAUACUGCGACAAUCACCGCUACACCAGUUGGCGCUAAAGGUGGAACCACGUGGCACUAUUUACAUACGUAUGCGGCAUACAGAUCCCAUAACGUUAUAUCGACGACGCGGCCUACCUAGCUUAAGAGCCGGCUAUCCCAUAUUAUUUGGCGCCGAUUUGGAAACGGUGGUGAACCGUGAGUCUAAAGGCGCCCCCGGUAGUGCUCCUGUGCCAAUUGUGUUACGACGUUGCGUCGAGGAAGUGGAGCGACGUGGCUUGGAUAUUAUUGGUCUGUACCGUUUGUGUGGCUCAGCAACGAAAAAGCGUCUGCUGCGAGAAGCAUUUGAGCGCAAUAGUCGAGCCGUGGAAUUGAGUCCUGAACAUGUUCCUGAUAUUAAUGUUAUAACUGGGGUGCUGAAGGACUACCUAAGAGAGUUGCCGGAGCCACUGUUUACGCGUUGUCUGUUCCAGAUGACCGUCGAUGCUUUGGCGGUUUGCCUGCCCGACGACCCCGAGGGUAAUGCGAAACUAAUGCUCAGCAUACUUGAUUGCUUGCCUCGUGCAAAUAGGGCGACUUUGGUAUUCCUGCUCGAUCACUUAUCGCUCGUCGUCUCCAAUUCGGAACGCAAUAAGAUGUCAGCUCAAGCUUUGGCCACCGUUAUGGGACCACCAUUGAUGCUACACGCCGCUAACGCUCAACCCGGUUCGGAUAUCGACCACGCCCAACCAAUUGCCGUGCUGAAAUAUCUGCUGCAGAUUUGGCCGCAGCCGCAGGCACAGCACCACCAAGCGCCCGGCGGCGGUCUCGUUAGCGCGACCGGCAUGAUGGGCAGCAUGGUUGGUGCGGGCGGUGCUCUGGCGGGCGCGGGCAGCAUGAGCAACAUGGCUGGCGGUGUUUCAGGUCGGCGCGGCGAGUCAACAGGGCAGCGUGGAAGCAAAGUCAGUGCGUUGCAAGCGGACAGACAACUUCUACUGCAGCAGCAGGCGCAGCUCAUGGCGGCGGGCAAUCUUCUACGCUCGUCCACUUCGGUAACCAACAUACUCUCACAAGGCCAUCAUCCGCUCUCAGCCACAGUCAACAGUCAUCUGUAUCAAUCAGUAGUGGGUCAGUUAGCUCAAUCGCCUCGAGCCUUGCAACAAGCGGUGCAACAGCCCCAUCAAUUGGCGGGCUCAGCGGCCUCAGCAAUUCUCGACCAAUCGCCACUGCCACUUCCAGGCACACCCUCCCCCGGCAGUAGUUCGGCAUCGACCGGUUCCGGCUCGGGAUCCGGUAAAAGUACUGAUACAAUAAAACGUGGUGCGUCGCCCUCCUCGGUCAAACAUGUGAAAAUACAAGAAUCCGCCAGUACGUAUUCCAUGGCACAGAAAAAACUCACAAAAGACUCGCCAAUCGAUGACGCUUCAUUUCCGUUAACCAGUGCCGAAGCAGCAGCAUCAACAGCGCCAACAAGAAAAGGUGUCGAAUUUUACGAACCGCACAAACCUCAUACGAAGAGUGACGAGAUCAGCAGUUACUCGAAAUAUGGCGAGUUGGGCGCAAAAACACGCACAUCCUACGGCGACACGAGCACUUAUGGUACUGGUGCUGGCAUUGGUGCAAGUAAGACAGCACUUUCGAGUCUCUCCACUGAAGAUUACAAAGCGAUGCGUAAUAAAUCGAGCGCGACAUCAUCAUCCUCCUCAUCACAAGCGACGGUUUUGAGUGCGGCAGGUUCCACUGCCACCUCAGCCCCGACCACAUCGUCGGAUGACUCGGAUGACCUAAUAUCAUAUAAGUCCUCAGCAUCAACGAACGCAUUGCUGGCACAAUCGCAAGCAAUGACCACAUCCCAGCUAAUGUCUAAGUAUCUUAAGCGGGAGCCGCGUGUACAGUUUACGCCAAUCAAAUCACCUGAUUCUCCAUCGCCACCGGGUAGCGAUGGUCUGCCUAAAGGCGUUUACCACCUAACGACAUCGAACAGUAAAACGCCCGCUUCUACGGGCGCUAUUAGUAAACAUUCCGCGCCGAGUUCGAGCGAACCCAAUGGCAGCAGCAAUCACAAGGGCUCAUCACCAUCUAGGCAAGUCGGCGGCAAGGAAGCAUCAUCAUCAUCAUCAACGUCACUGGUGUCGACUGGUAGGCGACUAUUCGACAGUUUGGCAUCAUCAGAAGCGGGGGCUAGCAGCACAACAACAACAGCAGCAACGUCUGCAACAUAUAACGAUAGUAAAAGUGUAGCAAGUAGUCACAUUAGCAAUAAGCAACAAAGUUCAGAACACAGAAGUUAUGGUAGUAGUCUGUUUGGUAGUAGCGCGCAGGCUGGCACAAGUCCAUUCGCCACGGCCAACGGCAAUGGCAAUGGCGGCGGCUCAGCGUCCAACGGCACUCACAAUGCCAUGCACUUGUACGGCACAUUGCCCAAAAAUGGUCCGGCGGCCAAUGCAACAGGUAACGGUUCCUCUGGCGGCGCUGGUGGCAUGUACGGUUCCACCACAUCCGCCUCAUACUAUUCGACAUCGUCAUCGUCGGGUGCGCACACAGCCAGUAGUAGUGGUGUGAGCUCAAUGACCGGUUCCACCACCAGCUACGACUACUACACGCCCGGUUCGGCUUCGUAUACAUCGGCGGCUAGCACGCGCUCGUACGGUAAUGGCAGCGGCAAUGGGGGCGGUGGUAAUUAUCACACUUUAGGCACAUACAGGGUGCAGUAUGCCGCUACUAAUCCAUUUUUGGAAGCAUUCGAUGCGCCCGGUAAUGGUGGCGGCGCUGGUAAUGGUGGCAACGGCGCGGGCAAUGGUAAUCGCGGUAGUAGCAAUAAUGGUGGUAAUGGACAGCAGCAGGGUAAUGGUAGUAGCGGUAGUAGUAGUAGUCACAAUCGUACAUCGCUCUUAGCCGCCUUACAUGGCAGCGACUCGAAGAACGGUAGCGAUGAGUUUGACGAUCUGAAGUGAAAGCUUAAACGAAAUAACGAAGUGAGGGCGCACGAUUUUCAUACAGUAUUACUUGGUGUGCUUAAAAGCGGUUGAAUUUGUAGCCUUUCUAGUAUAGUGGGCAUGAUUUUGAUAUGAAAUUGAAUUCUGCGAAGUGUAGUUGAAAAGGAGCGUAAAGUAGAGAACUAGUUCACUUAUGGGUCCUUGAAAAUGUCAUAUAAACUGACAGUUUGUGAUCUUUCAAAUGUUAAAAAGCUGACAGUUGACAGUUUUAUUUCUACAGGGAAAUUGCUCUAGCAGUAUCUGACAUAAGUUUUUUUUAUUUUAUUUUUGAAAAAAAAUAAUUUGAUUUUCACAUAAAUUAAAUUUUUUUGAAAAUAUGUUUUUUCUGUGUCAAAAAAUUUCUUUUUUAGAAACUAUCUUCUUUUUGUUUACAUAAAUUAAAGUUUUUAGGAAAUGUUUUUUUGUUUUUAAUUAAUGAAAAGAUGUUCACAUAAAAAAUUUUGGUAAUUUUUUUUAGAUAUUUUUUUCCAAUUUUUAAUUUUUGACAUAAAAUUCUUUAGAAAAUAUUUUUUUUUUUAAUUUUUGAAAAGUGUUCACACAAAAUAUUUUUUUCUAGAAAACGUUUUUUUUAAUAUUUUAUUUCAUUUUUUUUAAUAUUUUUUUUUCUGCUUAAAAAAAGUUGGGCAACACCGAGCAAUGCGUCAUGGAAAUCAUGUGCUCUGCACGUUUUUUUAUAAAAAAAAAUUAAAACAAAAUACACCUAAUAAACAAAAACAAUAAUUUUUAGUUGAAAGUAAACUGAACGAAAAACAGCACGCGAUCACGUGUGCGCACACAUACAUACGUACAUUUGUAUAUACCGUUGACUUUUUUAAAUGUUUACACUUUUACAAAUUUACAAAAACAAAAAAGAAAACAUGGUAAACAACAAAUAUUAAGAGGUCUGGCAAGCAAACAGCAUUUUGGUUAAAACUUAAAUAAAAUAAUUAAAUUAAAUAAAAAUUAUGCAAAUUAAAGCGAGCGAGCGAAAAGCUAUAAAUGUUUUUGAUGUGACAACAGCAGCAAGUAUAUAUAAAUACCAACAUAUACAUGCAUAUAUUAUUAAAAUUGAAAAAUUAAAAAAAAAAAAUAAAAUAAAAUUUAAAGACGUCUGCUGAACCUUGAACAACCAACCGUAUACACCAAGCGAUGCGAAAACGAAUUUUCAAUACAUAAAAUACGCUGCUUUAUUUGUGUGUCUAUAGAUUUGUUUUUGGUUUUGUAUGGGUUCGACGAUUAACUCGCAGAAAUAUUAAAAAUAAAAUAGAAAGAAAAAUUAAUAAUAAUUUAUUAAAUAAAUAAAAUAUAAAAUGCAAACAAUGAAAGCGUGGCAAUCUAAGAUAAAUACACAGACUUAUUCCGAUGUAAUAGGCAUAUAGGAACUCAGUUAUAGUAUAUAAAUAUAUAUACAGUACAUACAAACAUAUGGGACAUAGCAAGCGUAAAGGCAAAGUGCAUAAUUAUAUACAUACAUACAUAGCUACAAAUUAAUCUCUAUAAAUAUAUACAUAUAUGCAUACAUAGUAUAUACAAACAUAAACUAGACUUUUUUGAAUUUUCUAAAAUUUAACUUAUUCUUAUAUACACAACAGACUAACGGUGCAACGGCAUACGAGCUGCAUACGCUGACCGAAAUAGCUACAAAGACAAAUGAGACAGUUGCGGACGAAUGCCUCAAAUGACUCUACUAACCAACAACUAACUACAAGCAAACACACAGCAAAAAGGAAAAAGAAACAGAAAAGAUAAACAAAAAUAAAAAAAAAAAUAGUUUUACAAAUUUAUUUUAUAUGAACUUGUGAAUUUUUGACAACUUUAUUGCUUCUUCUACAUACAUACUAACAAACUAUAUAAGUAAUAGUAUAUAAUAUAUUUAACAAAUACAAAACCAACAAAGUAAAUCAAUAUAUAUAACGCGUCUAACCAAAGCAACUUUUGUAUUUACAUACUCCACUCUCCCUUUUUGACUACAUUUCAUUACAUAUAUACAUACAUACAUACGUGUACUUGCCAUUUUUUAAUGUACAUACAUACACAUAUAUAUAUAAAUAUAAUUUCCCAGCAGGAAUUAGAAAUUAUUUUCUUUCCUUGAAAGCUAAGUCCAACAGUUUUCUAACAACUCGCUCUCUUAAGCAUAGACCCAAGCAAGACACGUGUGAAAUGAAGAGUAAACGCAAAUCUUAGUGAAAAUAACAAAUUUAAAUCCGAAAUUACCAACAGUAUUCGCAAAAGGGCGUCGCCGCACGACGCGCGCCCGAAUGCACACAGACGACAAUUACAGUUUAACGGUUGAUAACAGUAUUUAAAAGCUACAAAAGUUGUAAAAAACGUAAAAUGAAAGAAAUUAAGCAAUUUAUAGGUUUUUAUGCAACAAAAAUCAAAUAGCAUUAGUCCCAACAACUCCUUCAUAGCAACUAACGAACGCCCUAAACGACAGCAGUCUUUAUAAAAAAAUUGUAAAAAAUAAAAGAAAUUUAUAAAAAACGCAUACAACCACACAACUUGCCGAAAUUAGCAUAAUUUACGAAAAUCUCGCCACUUAACCACAUACAAACAUAUUUACCACGUACAAACAUACUUACAUCCAUACAAACACGUACGAACUCAUCACACUCCCACUCAGCGUUCUCCUCGGCAUACAUACGACUACCAUACCAUUAUCAUAGCAUAGCAUAGCGUACUUCAACUGAAAAGCAACAACAAGAACCUUACCUUAACCGAACCGCAUUCCGCAACUUAUAUUACAAUCCAACUAAAAUCUAAAAUUAAUAUAUAAUUAAAAAAUUACAAAUACUUAUAUAUACAUACCAUAUACUAUACAAUAUACAAGCAUACAUAUGUAUAUUCGACUAAAUUAAUAUAUAUAAUAUAUAGUAUACAUACAUAUACAAUACACGACUAUACAAUAUACAGCAUUUGUCGGUGAAAGAAGGUGAGCAAAACAAAAAACCACGAAAGCAAAGAAAAUAAAAAUCCGAAAUCCAAUAAAAAAAAAGUUAUGCUAAUAUUAUAUACAGACUAGGUACUACGUAUAGCCUGCUACUGCGGUACUAAGUGAGCUAGUGAACGAGGGAUAUUUUGAGUGGUUUAUGCGAGCACUGGGAGAACAGAGCAAACGCUUGACUGAGCGGCAGCGCAGGUGGGCGUGUCGAUGGUAACAGAAUAGGCUCUCUGGCAACUGGCGAUAUGCGAAACGAAAAUUUCAAGAAUUUAUCUUUAUAAUUAGCAGAUAUACAUACAUAUAAAUGAUAUAUAAAAUAGCAAAGAAAGAAAAUGAAAAUAAAAUAGACACGACAUACUUACAUACACGUGAGACACGAACGUCAGUUGAAUAUGAAUAAAGUCUGAUAUACAUACAAACAUGUACUAUAUAAAUGUACUAAACUAAAUACAUGAUAACAUAGAUAUGCAUAUAACAAUACAGUUAGUGUGUAAGCGUGUACACAAAUGUUGCGAAAACAAAAGACCAAACGAAACGAAUAGUGUAUAUUAGGAGAAUACAAUGAAAUCCAUAGAUAUAACUGUAGUUAUGUUUCAAGUGCAACACAUUUGCUUAUUUCAAUUUUGUGUUAGGAGUUUUAUGAACAGGAUUUUUUUUUACAUUUUUUUUAAAUCUAUGACUUCUUCACAAAGCUAAGCUCCAAAACACAUGCUUUUUCAUUAUUUUGUAGCUUUAGUUAAAUGUCAACCAUAUUGGGUAAAAUGAGAAGUUCAGCCAAUUUACCAAACAAUUUUUUGUAAAAUUACAAUUAAUUAUUAAAAUACAUUUCUUAUCUCAAUACCAUAUUUCAGUUGUCAAAACGAUUCUUUGCCGUUUUUCGUUGCAAUUUAUACACCAUUUUUUUCUUUAAAGUAAAGUUUUCAACUUUAUUUUCUAAAAAAAAGUCAAAAGCUCUGGAAAGCUUCUCAAAAGCUCGUCAAAACGUGACGAAAGCUCUAAAAAGUUUUAUGAGAAUUUUACAAAUUCUUAACUCAAGGCUGAUGUCACUCCAUGAAAGCUUUCACUAAAGCUCGUGAAAAUGUGAUGAAAACUCUGAAAAGCUUAAUGAAAAUUUUUAAAAUUUAUAACCCUCCUGUAAUUCCAUGAAAGCCUUCUCAAAAGCUUCGCUUAGAGAAUGACAAAAGCUCUGGAAAACUUUUCUGAAGCACGUGAAUGCGUGACGAAAGCUCAUGAAAAUUUGUCGAAAGCUCUGAAAAGCUUUAUGAAACUUUAUAAUUCAAGGCUGUUGUCAUUUUAUGAAAGCCUUCGCAAAAGCUCGUGGAAAUUUUACGAAAGCUCUAAAAAGCUUUAUAAGAAUUUUUUAAAUUCAUAACUUAAAGCUGAGGUCAUUCCGUGAAAUGUAUUCCUCCUCAAAAGCUCGUGAAAAUUUGAUGAAAGUACUGAAACGUGUUAUGAAAAAUUUUCAAAUGUAUAACUCACGGCUACUGUAAUUCCAUGAAAGCAAAAAGUAUAACUCACGGUUAAUGUAUGUAAUUACAUGAAAGUAUCUUCAAAAGUUCGUGAAAAAUUUCUAAUUUUAUAAUUCAAGGUUGAUGUAAUUUUCAACUUAAGGAAUGAUAGAAAACCUCCUCAAAAGCUCCUGAAAAUUUGACGAAAGCUCUGAAAAGCUUUAUGAAAAAUUUUCAAAUGUAUAAUUCAAGGCCGAUGUUAUUCCGUGAAAGCCCACUCAAAAGCACGUCAAAGCGUGCCGUAAACUCUGAAAAGCUUUAUAGAAGCUCUUCACAAUUUUUAACUUAGAACAGAUGCUAGUCCUCGAAAGCUUGGCGAAAGCUAUUAAAAACUUUUGAAAACUGCUCAUUGAAUUUAGUCCACGAAUGUACGGCGUAAGCUCUUAAAAGCCUUUGAAAAAACAAAUCAAUAAUUUAAUAAUAUAUGUAUUUUAAGGUCUUAAAAGCUUUUGAAAAAAAAAUUUAAUAACUUGUUUUCUCAUCACUCGAUUUCUGAUAAAAAAAAAACAGCUUUUAUUAUAUCUUUUUUGAUUUUUGUCCAUGAAAGUGUGGCGAAAGCUCUUAAAACUUUUGAAAAAAUUAAUAAUUUAAUAAUAUCUUUUCUCAUCACUCGAUUUCGAAUAAAAACUAAUACUUUUAUUACUUCUCUUUUUAUGCUAAAUUCUAAAAAAAAUUUUGUUUAAACUUCAAGCGUUAGGGAAAUUACAAUCUAAGCCUAGAGAGACUUUCUUCAAAGCUUCGAUUAACACUUAUUAAUUAAUCUAGUCUAAUUAUAACAUAUGUAUAUGUAUAUCCAGUGUAAAAUCAGAUAAAAUAUUAUUAGCUUACUAUUAUGAAACUUGUAAAUACUAAACAAAUUGUUAAGCAACUUAUUGGUGUUUUUCAUUAAUAAUACAUGCAUAUACGUACAUAGAUAUGCAGUAAUUAAUUAUGGUAGCUUAGUGUAAAAUUGAAAUUCCUAGUGUGUAUAGUUAAAUCUGUAUGUAUGUCACCAUGCUUUAGCCAGCACGCCGUUAUGCGAAACAGAGGUCUUUUAUGAUAAAUUUUAGUUAAAUAAUGUACUUAUGUAUUAUAAAUAACAUUAACUAGUCUUAUAAUUAACAAAUGCAUACACACAUACAUACAUACAUGCUUACUUAGCGGUAAUGUUUUGGCCUUUCAGAAAUUUACUUUGCAUUGUUAGUGCAUUUAUAACUCCUAGAUAAAUAUAUAUACACACAUAUAUACAUACAGACAUGUAGAUACUAAUUUAAUGUAUGUAAUGUGGAAAGCAUAAACAUGUAGUUAAAAAUAUUUAGCCGAAGAAUAUAAUUGAAAACACAAAAAAAAAAUUAAAAAAUCAUUUAUAAUUGAAACCAAUUUCGAAGCAAUAUUGAUUAAAGUCCAAAGAAGUUAAAUUUUUUAAUUCAAGAAAAGGAAAUCACAAAUUAACACGCAAUUGGUUUCAGAGGAACAACAACAACAUUUCAUUUUUUUUAACUUAAUUCAGUCACAACUCAUCUCGUUAUUAAAGCUGCAUUAGGAGGUAAUGAGCAGACGAUAUCAUCAUUGGGACACAUCAACUUUAUUAUUGCCGAUAACAGUACAACUUCCUAUAGAAAGAUUUUGAAACAAAACACCAAACCGAAAAACGAAGUAUGAAUUUGCCAUAAAGUAAAAAAAAAUAAAAACAAA